GGAACAAUUCUUUAUAUUGAACUAUUUAAAGUGAAGCAUGUAACUCGCUUGGAAGAGGUCAUUGACAUGGCAGGAAAGUUGAUAAGUAGAAUGGGUCUUCAUUCUUCUAUCCAUCAUAUCUUUGCGGCUCGCAACAUUCUCACUGCCCAGAGAACUUGACUUUGGGUGGUGUAUCAAUCAAAUGUGAGUCUGUGAGUUAGUUCCUUGAUUAAGAAAUGCUGUACCGUGGGAGGGAGGUCUUCUUCUGGUUGUUAUCAAACCCUUUACUUGCUAGAUGCCCUGUGUAAAACAGAGUUGGAACUAAUGGAGCUAUUAGAUGUGUCAUUAGAUGCAGUAUCUGCAGCAGUAACUCAAAUUAGCGAAAUUGCAUGCCCACCUUGCCGCACCGUUCUUUCAGUCACGAAGGAUCACAUCAUGAAUGAGCCAUCACAUGGCCAUUUUCAAACGCAUUUAAUUGGUUUAGAUAAUGCUUUAUGUGGAGGUAUUCCUUUUGGUGCAGUGACAGAAGUGGUUGCUCCAGCUGGAAGUGGUAAAACACAAUUCUGCCUCAUGCUUUCAGUGUUAGCAGCACUGCCAGAGAGUCAUGGAGGACUUAAUGGAAAUGUUGUCUAUAUUGACACAGAACACAAAUUUAACUCAGGAAGGAUGAUAGAAAUUGCGAAGUCCAGGUUUCCAGAUAUCUUUCACAAAGAAGGGAUGUUGCGGGAUCUUGCUGCUCGAGUGUUGGUUUUGCAGAUUUCAUCACUAACUGAGUUGGCAGAAAGCUUGCGGCAACUAGAAGCAUCAGUCACUCAACAUUGUAUAAAGUUGGUGAUUAUUGACAGUAUGGCUGCACUGGUUUCAAGUGAACAGGGGCAGGAACAGACUUCUUCAAAACAUGAUACAAUAGGUAGUCAGGCAUCCUUUUUAAAAGCUCUUGCAGAGGUUUCAAGGAUACCUGUUGUGGUAACUAACCAAGUAAGAUUGCAAAACACACAAGAUGAUAAGAGUUUGACUUUCCCAUUUGAAGCAGCUAAGAAGAAGAGUGAUCACAUUAUAACAUCCAAAAGCUUUGAGGCACACCUAACAGCAGCUUUAGGAACAAAUUGGGCUCAUGCUGUGAACAUCCGCCUCAUUUUUGAGUCUUAUGGAGGUCAGAGGUUUAUAAAGAUUGCCAAAUCUCCUGUGUCUCCCACUUUAGCAUUUCCAUUUGUGAUUACUGCCUUGGGCAUAGAACUAGUAGGUACAGAGUUCUUUGAAAUAGCAGGCCAAGACAUAGCCGUCAUUCAUGGUUCUGGUUAUGAGGACAUCUUCAGAAAAGAAGAAUGAUAGUUGAGAUCAAUUAUAAGUUUGUCAGUAUAAUUUGAACUGUAAUUCAAGAAAAAAAGUACAAAACAGAAUCCAGAUGAAGUCUUUUUUGUAGGAAAUGUUGUAAGCUGGUUGAGCAGAAAACAGAUCGAGGGAUAAAAUGAGCAGAGUAUAUUUUUAUCUUGUGGAUACAACAAUCUCACAGCAGUUAUUCACUGCAUUCUAAAUUCAUAAUUAGGAAACAAAUCUCUGAAAAUUCUACUCUUCCUUAAUACCAAAAUCAUCAAAAUAGAGUAAUUUGCUAGCAUGACUGAUUGUUUUCAAGGAUGACAUUUUGACAAUGUUUUGUAGAGUUGUUUAUUGAAAAAAAAAUCUUUACAUUUGAAAA